AUGAAUCGUGUGGUAGAAUUAAAAGCAUCAAACGAUAACGAUUUAUAUUCUGGUUAUAAUGAAUAUCCGUCAAGUUUUGAUAUAAGAGAUUUAGAUAAAGAUGAAUUGUUUCAAGAAGCUUUGUUAAAAUCAAGCCACGGAAGAAAAAAUUUGCAUGGAAUAUCGAGCAGUUUGGGAUAUCGUGGAUUAUCCGUACGAGGACUCCUUCAAUCUGGAAGGAGUCAAGCUGGAUAUACGGGACGUUCCACCGCCAUUGUACCACCACAAUCUGGAUUUGCCGAUGAUGAUUUUAUCAGGCCCAUGACAGCCGUACGUGGAGCUGGAUACACGAGUCAAGGAAGACCAGGAACUGGAUUAUUUGAUCCAUUAAAUCAAAAAUUACAAGGUCCUCCAGUUGGAUUUGAAAAAAUCGAAGAAACGCCGGAGGACAAAAUUAAAAAAUUAGAAAAACAAAUAAUGGAAUUAAUUGAAGAAUCUGCGUGUCUCAAUGUCAAAGGUCAAAAAAAACAAGCAUUAAGUAAAGCAAAAGAAGCUUCUAGCAAAGAAAGAAAUUUGAUAAGAAUCGAAGAAAAUUCUGGAAUGAGUGAAACUCAUAAUUUGGAUUUAACAUUAUUGGUAUUGUUUAAUUUGGCUACACAAUAUUCCGAUAAUGAAAUGUACACGGAAGCAUUGAAUACCUAUCAGGUCAUGACGAGAAACAAAGUUUUUAGCAAAGCAAGAAGACUUAAAGUCAACAUGGGAAAUAUUUAUUAUAAACUUCAACAAUAUAAUAAAGCAGUUAAAAUGUACAGGAUGGCCAUGGAUCAAGUACCGAAUACACAAAAAGAUUUCCGAAUAAAAAUAAUGCACAACAUAGGUACGCUUUUUUUAAAAACCGGAGAAAUAAUCGAAGCUAUAAAUAGUUUUGAAUAUAUAAUGCAAGAAAAACCUGAUUUUAGAGGUGCAUUAAAUUUAAUUAAUUGUUAUCACGCCAUUAACGAUCCGGAUAAAAUGAAAGAAGCCUUUCAAUCCAUGUUAAACAUUCCACUUGAUUUAGAUAUGGAUAAAUAUAAUCAAUCGAUCGCAGACGAUCCACAAUCACAAGUUUUAUUAGAAACGAUAAAAAAUGAUAAAUUACGUCAGUGGGAAAAAGACGUGCAAGAAGAAGCCGAAAAAAGUAUAUUAAUAGCAGCAAAAUUAAUUUCACCAGUUAUUGAAGAUAAUUACACGUCAGGGUAUAAUUGGUGCCUGGAAGCUGUCAAGACAUCAAAAUAUGCUUCUUUGGCAAGCGAUUUAGAUUUAGAUAAAGCAAUUAUGUUAUUGAAACAAUGUAACAUAAAUGGCGCCAUUGAAAUAUUAAAAGUUUUUCAAGAUAAAGAACCAAGAGUUGCAAGCAUAGCAGCAAAUAAUUUAUCAUUUAUAAGUUAUUUGCAAGGGGAUCUCGAACAAGCGGAAAAAUGGGGAGAAAAUGCAAAAGAAUCCGAUUCGUAUAAUGCAUCCGCAUACGUCAAUUUGGGAAACGUUGCAUUCACGAAGAGAAAUUUCGAACAAGCCAAAGAAUAUUAUGAAAUAGCAUACGAAAAUGAUUCGACGUGCGUCGAAGCUUUAUAUAAUUUAGGUUUGGUAACGAAACAAUUAGGACAAUAUGAUAUAUCUCUCGGUCAUUUUAUGAAAUUGGAUACGAUAUUGAGACACGAAGCACCCGUUUUAUAUCAAUUGGCCAUAUUAAACGAGUUCAUCGGUGACGUGGAUCAAGCUACCGAAUGGUACUUGCAACUGUUAGGCGUGGUACCAUCCGAUCCUGGCAUAUUACAAGAAUUAGGACAACUUUUCGAAAGAGAAGGAGAUAAACAACAAGCAUUUCAAUAUCAUUUCGAUUCUUAUAGAUAUUAUCCAUCGAAUUUUGAUGUUUUGGAUUGGUUGGGUUCUUAUUACCUAUCGCUUGGAGUUCCGGAAAAAGCUUUACCAUUUUUUAAAAGAGCCGUUAUGAUAGCUCCUAACGAACCUAAAUGGCAACUGCUAUUAGCAUCGUGUUAUAAAAAAAUUGGAAAUCAUCAAAAAGCCGUUGAAGUUUAUAAAAAUUUACAUAAAGAAAAUCCGGAUAAUAUCGAAUGUUUACAAUUACUCGUACGAUUGACAAGCGAAUUCGGUUUAAAAGAAGCUGGAGAAUAUGCACUGGAAUUAAAAAGAGCGGAAAAAGCAAAAGAAGUUCGUGAAAGAAUCGGAAGUAGUCGACCUGGAUCUAGAAGAUCAAGCGGAAGCCAUCAUAGAUCCGCUGGAUUCACACCAUCGAGUCCUAUGAGAGCAUCUCCGACCCCUAUAAGAAGUAAUUCGAGUUCGGCGGGUUUAAGUGGAAAAUUUAAUGUUAAACAAUCGAUAUCAGAAUCUGAUGAAAUUUUCGCGGAGGAAAAUGACGUCGUUAAAAAUAUCGGAAUAAUGUCUUACCUCGAUCCUUUGGGUCCACCCCCAUUCGAAAGGCCGAGAACAUCAGCGGAAAGAAAAAUAAGCGAUGAUGAUUUUGGUGAUGAUGAAUUAGGGGAUGAUUUACUACCCGAAUGA